AUGGCUCGAGAAUUUGAGGCACUCGCCCUCAAUGGCCACAACUACCCUACUUGGGCCAUGGACACGAAGAUCGCUCUUGCAUCUCGUGGGAUAGUGCGUGCAAUCCAGGCUGAGCAGGAUCCACUGCCCGCUGGAGUCACGCCACUAACAGAUGAACAGAAGUAUACCGCCUUAUACAUUAUAAGGCACCAUAUUCACCCAGAUCUCAAGUCUGAUUACUUGGAGGAGGAAUCCCCUAGUACCCUGUUUCGAGGCCCUCAAAACGAGGCUGAAAAGCAUGAUGAGCUACUCGCUAAGAAUGGCUCUCAGCGUCCGGUUGGUUCUCAACCUCUACCUGAAGUUCAUAUGAAUGUCGCGAACGGACGAAAGUUUGAUGGUGGUUUCAAAGGAAAGCCCUCGAACUUCAAUGGUAAGCGAAAGCGCAACCGGAACAGGAAGCCCAGAAACUCAGACCGUGGGAAAGGCACCGCAAAGUCCAAGUUUGACAAAUCUAAGCUUUGCGACAAGUGUGGAUGCUAUAUGCACCCCACUGACAAGUGCAAGACCCCAAGGCAUCUGGCCAUUCUGUACCAACAAUCCCAUGGACGCAACGCACCUCGAGGGAAAAGGUUUGAAGCCAACUUCAACCUUCAUCCAGAUGGCACCGAUGGAGCUGGCUGUUCGCAAGACGUUCCCUCGGGACCAAGCAACGCCGUUACUCUCCUUCCAUCAAAGGACCCUGCAGGAACGGAGGACAUGAUGGUUGAGUACACCUCAACCGACGUGUUUGGAGACUUCGACUAG